AUGGCCGGCACCCCGUCUCCUGCCAAAUCAAGACCUGCUACCACCGACGCGUCUCGUUAUCGCAACAUGACUGCUGGGUCCCCGUCGCUGCACCAUCGAACUCCCCACUCGCCUGAAGGCCCCUCCUCCCUUCCUCCAGACCAGCAGCAGCAGCAGCCACAGCCAUUUUAUCUCCAUCAGCAGCAGCAGCAGCAGCAGCAGCAUCAUUCGCAGCAAGAGCAGCAGCAGCAUAAGCUGGAGCGCCAGGAGCACCAAUUCCAUCAGUCCCGUCAGUCUCACACGAUGGAGCAUCUCCACAGACCCACGCGCUCCCACCCCUUCCUCCACUCCUCCACCUCACGAUCCCUCUUCCACAGUCCGAGGAGGGAGGGAGCAGCAGCACAGGAGAGCGGCUCUCUGACAGGUGAAGGGAGGGAGCGGGCAGCAGUACAAGAGCAGAGCAGCACUCAGUCAAGUGAAGGGAGCGAGGUGGCGGCUGCAUGUGAGGGAAGGAGGACCCUGUCAUGUGAAGGGAGGGCGGGAGCAGCAGCACGGGAGGAGAGCUCUCAGCCUAUGGCAGGGCAGAGUGCUGCUGCUCUGGCACGAGGCGGCUGGGGGGCUGCUCUGCAGAACCAGUAUGCCCGCAAGGUGGAUGUGGUGUUACGGGGUUACAGCGGGUACAACACCCGCUGGGCACUCUUCCUCCUACCCAAGCUCUUCCCCAAGGGUGACACGUCGAUUCCUCCUCCCGCGCUGGUGACUGUCUUCUUUGGCGCCAACGACGCUGCGCUGCCAGGGAGAAUGAGCGGCAAGCAGCACGUGCCGAUCCCCGAGUUCAAGGAGAACCUGCGAGUCAUAGUCACUCACCUGCAGUCGCUGGGCCCCAACGUGCGUGUGGUGCUAAUCACGCCACCCCCUGUGGACGAGCCUGGUCGCAUGGAGUUCGCCAAUCCAACUCUCUCUCCUCCUUUCCUCGGGGCGAUGUAUGGAGAGCAGUGCAUGAAUGAAGGAGCUGGAGCGAGCUUGCAGCAGCCCUCUUUAAAGCCAGGAUCUCAAUGCAUGAAGGAGGCGGAGCGCACGAACGAGGUGACGGGGGCAAGUAUGCGACAGCGAGAAAUGUACGGUGAGCAGUGCAUGAAGGAACCGGAGCGCACGAACGAGUUCACUGGCAAGUAUGCAGGAGCGGUGAGGGAGGUGGCAGAGGCAUGUGGGGGCGUGCCUGUUAUUGACCUCUGGACCGUGCUGCAGCAACAACCCACCUGGCAGGCCCUGCUCAGCGACGGGCUCCACCUGGCUCCUGGGGGAAACAAGGUGUUGUUUGAGCAGCUGUCGUCGCUUCUCCAAUCAAGUGCUGAUUGGACGCCACCUUUGGUGCAAGAGAGCAUGCCGUGGGACUUUCCAGAGCAUAUCAAUAUUGAUGGUGAAAAUCCUGGAAAUGCAUUCAAGGACUUCUAA